UCGCCGCCUCCACGACGUCGAUCGUCCUUGAUCUCCUUCUCCAGCAUCGACGAUGCUACGCGCACCUUUACCGACGAUUACAUCAACCCGCGGACUCGCCAUCGACGAGAGGGUAGCAGCGGCGAGCACGAAAUGACUAGCUGGCACUCUUCGCCGCUGGCCUUUGCCAUUCUGCCGGCCUUGGGUGGACUGCUGUUCAAAGAUGGCAGUGCAUUCGUGACAGACGUGCUGCUGCUCGGCCUGGCAGCCAUCUUCAUGAAUUGGAGCAUCCGCCUGCCUUGGGACUGGUACUACUCCGCCCAGGCGCUGCGCCGUGAUGUCGAGCCAGAGUAUGACGACUCGGGGGAUGACACUGCUGUGGAAACCACUUCAUCUGCUGGGGGCUCGCCCAAGCCAUCUUCGGAAGAAAGACACGUCGAUAAGACAGACACCAACAGGGAGCAUAUCAGCAAGCGUGAGAGGGCUGCCGCUAGCCUCCGUAACCAGGAGUUGCUCGCUCUGCUGGCAACCUUUGUGCUCCCAGUUCUGGCUGCAUAUCUGCUGCACGUUAUUCGCGCGCAGCUUUCUGGUCCGAGCAAUGGCCUGGUGUCUGACUACAACCUCUCGAUCUUUCUGUUAGCAGCAGAGAUACGGCCUGUACGGCAAGUGGUGCGCAUGGUCGCCAAGCGCACACUGUAUCUUCAAAGGACAGUCACUGGUAUGGAUGAUCCGUUCGCAUCUGCCGUGGACGAAAGGAGCACCAUCAGUCGGCUUGCAGACCGUAUCGCUGAUCUCGAAGAGAAGCUGUCUGCGCACGCUGUGGUCCCUCCUCCAGUGAAUAUGGCGCAGAAAGCCGACGUAAGCGACCUUUCUAGUGAGAUACGCCGGCGCUACGAGCCCCGACUGGAAGGCCUAGAGCGUGCUGUCAGGAGGUAUGAGAAGCGCACUGUGACCCUCGCCAUGUCUACUGAACAAAAGCUAUUGUCUCUCGAGACUCGUUUGCAAGAAGCCCUUAGUUUGGCCGCCGUAGCUGCGCAACACUCACAAAACCCUGGC